AUGCCUUCCCACGUCUGUAGCGGGCGGUCGAAUUACACCGCCCAAGGAGGCUACACGAUUGGCAAAAGUAUUGGUUUCAACGAGUCGGGUGCCUAUCUACGCUACCCCCACGCCUUCGGUGGUCUGCUGUUAAGUGGUCAGUGCGUCGAGCCCACCACGUUGGUAUGCCCAGAGAGGGCUGUAGUCUUACCUAAGCGUGGCAUCACGCUCGGUAAAACAAACCUCUGUUACGAGUUGCUAGUCUACUUGUACAUGUUGUCGUACGGACAAAAGACGAGAGUGAGGGACCAGUGGGCGACCAUUCAGUCCUGGAAGCGUCACCCCGGGUGGUCAACUGCGGAUGCUGUGCGCCAUCUCGGAAUCGCCCGACCGAAGCUCCUUACUUGGAAGAGAAAAUACUGGGACAUGCUGGAGCCACCAGAGGAAGAUGGCCAGCGCUAUCGAGUGAAGGGAGCGGGGCGUCCGUACAAGCUGGCAAGCUACGAGUUUCAGGCCUUGGAGUACUACGACAGAAGUUUGCGGGAGGACGAAGUGGUGCACUACGCAGACUUCCUGCGAUACCUAAGAACUAUUCCUGAAUUUGCCAUAAUACACAAGGAAACGCAACGAUCGCGAGCAAGACGCUUCAUGAAACGAUACGACCCCGGUAGCGAAGAGGCAGGGGCCACAAGAGCUGCUGUUAAUGCCGGUGAUCCUGCGCUACACGUGGAAGCUGAGCUCAUGUUACCUGCAAGAUCGGCUGUAUUUUUCGCCAUUAGCUACGCCUACAUCAGGCACUCGGGUCGGGAGUCUAGCGCCCCCGACACAAUUGGUGAUUUCGAUUGGAGUGGAUACAAAUAUGUAUUACUGCCUGUGGCGUUUAGCGACCACUGGAGCGUUGUAUUUAUCCAGAAUGGCAGUGACGCAAAAAAGAUAUAUUAUCACAUCGACUCGCUUCACAAUGGUCACGACAAGGAGUACAUUUUCGCGUGUCUGGACUGGUGGUUUGCGGUUCUACACACGAGCCGUGGGAGAUUCGAGGCAGCCAGGGGUUUUUCCCACACCUGCAAGCCCCGCCAGACUAAUGCGGUAGAUUGCGGCAUAUAUAUGUUGCACUACCUUUACAAGGUCGCCCAGCAUAUCAAGCAGCACAAGCCAAGUUCUAUCCUGCUGCAGAUUGAGACGCUCGCCAAGGGUGGCUUUAAUGCCAGCAAGGCCAACCAAGCUAGGACGUCUCUGCUUUCUUAG